UCCGUUGUCAGUCUGACACGCAAUCGGUGUAUUUUCCUGGAGGCCGCUUGUGUUCCCUGUCGCUUUAAGGAGCGGAAAUUACUUAUUUAAAAAGUUCCCCUGAAGUUGUGAUUAGCAGCCAGUCCUUGGUUGAGCGACGCACACUCUUAAAGACAGAGCUGUGUCAGCCGGUAGACAGAACAUGUCGUUCGUAAUGUUAUUACUUAUAAUGCUGCUUUUGGUUCCGGUUCUACUGCUUACAAGUAGAGUAUUUACAUAUUAUUUUAAGAAUGUUUUUUACGUAGCGCACAUGAUGCUUCUGGGAUCGAUUGCACUGCCGAUUUGUAUCCUGAGAUGUAGGGGCAGGGACAUCGAAAACAUGAGGAUUGUCCGGGCUGUUUGCUGGCAUGUCAAGUACUUUCUGGGAGUGAGAUACAAAGUGAGUGGACUGGAGCACUUGCAGACUGAAGGGCCGUAUGUCAUCUUAUGCAAUCACCAGAGUACCCUGGACAUCCUUGGGAUGAUGGAGAUCCUACCUGACCGCUGCACUCCCAUAGCCAGGAAGGAAGUGAUCUACGUUGGCACAGUGGGCUUGAUCAGCUGGAUUGGAGGGGUCGUCUUCAUCAACCGCAAGAAGACCAGCGAUGCCAAGAGUGUCAUGGCAGACGUAGCAAAGACUAUGCUGAAGGACCAGAUCCGUGUCUGGGUGUUUCCAGAGGGCACGAGGAACCAGAAGGGAGAUCUCUUGCCCUUCAAGAAAGGAGCCUUCCACUUGGCAGUUCAGGCCCAAGUCCCAAUCAUUCCAGUCGUAUUUUCCUCCUACAAAAACUUUUACUCGCCGAAGGAAAAGCGGUUUGAUUCAGGGACAGUCACUGUGAAAAUACUCCCGAAAGUUGAAACAAAGAACAUGACCUCGGAUGACAUCUCUGCUCUCUCCGAGAAAUGCUACCAGCUCAUGAAUGCUGCUUUUGCUGAGAUUUCUCAACCAGCUGGCCAGACGAAUGGCCCUUCCAGUAAAUGAGUAGUGCUGCUCCAAUACUCC